CUUAUUUUAGGAAGAUGAAAACUUUAAACAUACAUCACAGCAAGAAAGGAUAUAUAUGUUUUUAAAUAAAGCAUCAAAAGGCGAUCUAAAAGCAAUUAAAAGCUACUUAAAGACGGAUGAAGAUCUCCUUCGCAGUAGUAAUUAUGACAAGAGAACUGCAUUACAUCUAGCGGUUGCAGAAGGACAUUAUGAUUUAGUUGAAUUUAUCAUGGGGAAAAUCGAUCAAUAUCAAAUCGAUAAACCUGACAGAUGGGGAAUAACUCCUACGCAUGAAGCUUUAAAAAAUGGUGACAACGAUAUAAUUGAACUCUUCAAAAAGAACAUGAAGGAAUCCGAGUUUUUUACAUCAUUUAAUAUGCAGUCCCCUUCAUAGUAAGGCAAGGGUCUAAUUAUAAAUGUUUACACUUGUAUAAAAUCGAAAUUUACACAAAUGUGUUUCAUAUUUUAUUUGUUAUAAUAUACAAUUACAUUUACUCUUUUGAGAUUGUUAGUACUUGUCUGUGAUAUUAAGAAUGUAGAACUGUUUAACUAUAGUGCCGUAUGUUUGUGGCAUUAAAACAGAAUAUAUAUAAGACACCUCUUGUGUCGUAUUAUCCUACUAAUAAAGCUCUUGUAUUGAUUCUGCUAAUACCAUUAAAUAAACUAGUCGGUAUAAAUAAAUAUGGAUCACAUUUCGUUCCAAUGACAGUAUUAUGAAACAUUGAUCAAAAGAAAUAAAUAGGUUGUCAAUUGAAAAAUCAAGCACCCCAAAUUAUUAGUUCCCUUCCAGAGAAAUAUUCGCUUG